AUGUCUCAGGUCAUGAAUCAAGCUGAAGAGGAGGAAUUUUACACUUUAGAAAAGGGAUUUUUCAAACUUCCAUGUGACGAACAAGUUCAGUACCAGUUUGGAGAAGACAGCCACCUCAAUCACUGGAGAGACAUUUUAGAAUUUAAGACUCUAAAUAGCCAGCAUUAUGAAAUUUCUCAAUGGACAAUAGCUGUACAACGAUACGAAUAUGUAAAUAUGUAUCAUACAAUGACAGAUUGGUACAAUACAUUCCUUGUUACUAAAGUUUUCAAACUCGAUCCUAAAAAUGUAACUAUUUUAUGGAUAGACGGUCAUCCCUCUGGCGGUCUGGAUUCCACAUGGGGUAACCUUUUCGGGGAAAUAAGACGAAUUGGAGAAAUCCGUAAACCAGUCCUGUUUCCACAACUGAUUUGGGGCAUUGUGGGAUAUGAUAGUCCGCUUGAUGAGCAUUACUUACCGGAAGUAGCAUAUCUGGAGGAUUUCAGAAAUUUCUUUCUAUCGAAACAUCAAAUAUUUCCUGCAGAUGAUCUUAAUUGUAACCAGUUGAAUAUUUUGAUAAUUUGGAGACGAGAUUAUGUCGCUCAUCCAAGAAAUCCAAGUGGAUCAGUAUCUAGAAAAGUAAAAAAUGAAGACGAACUUCUAGGCAAAAUAAAAGAUGUUUUCAAAGGUCACAUUGUUAAAGGUCUACAGAUAGACAAAUUACCAAUGCAAGAUCAGUUAGCACUCAUAUCGAAAACUGACAUUUUAAUUGGAAUGCACGGCGCAGGCCUAAGCCAUACUUUAUUUUUACCAAGACACUCAGGUUUAAUAGAAAUGUUUCCUCUGUAUCAUCCUUCGGAAAAUAUACAUUUUCGGUCAAUGGCAGAGUGGAGGCAUCUGUAUUAUAUGUCGUGGAGUAAUUUUGACGAUGAAAGAGAACUCGAUAAUCAUCUAACAAUUGUAAAUGUUGACGAAAUUGUCAUUCUUGCCACUGAAAUGCAUCAAAAAAUUUGUGCAAAGGAUGAAAAUGAUACUGGAUAA